CGCUUGGCUGAGUGACUGAGUGACUGAGUAUACCGAUGCCCAGCCUUAUCUCCGAGAAGCGGCCGCUGACCAAGCCCGGUGGGAAAAAGGCAUUGGCUCAGAAAUGCAGUGGACCCUGCAAGCUGCGUGUACACCUCUUGGCUCACCCCGUAUCUUUGGUCAUCCCACUCUCUACCGUUUCACUUUCAUCUGCUACUUCCUUUCUCAUAUUCUGCUUGCUCAGUGUCUCUUCACCUUUCCUUGCUUCUCUCCUUCCACUCGGACCUCUGCCGGGUCAUUUUCUCUGGAGCAGCAGCGGGAUUAUCAUAUCUCCAACACACUCGACAAAUUUGGAGCAGACAAUGCUUUGAACAGCCACCCCUUGCACGCUCAGCAUUAGCAUCCUACGCAUACUUCCCUACAAUCUCCAACAUGUCAGGACCAUCUUCAUCUACAUCCUCCGCCAGGCAUGGCGAUGGCCUCCAUCCUUCUUCCAGCAGCAGCAGCGCCGCGCGGCAACGUGGACGUCCCCGCUCCGCAUCUCCAAUGCCACCACCUCCUCAACCUUCACUACCCCAUCACGAGCUCAACAAUCCAUCCGGAGGUUACAACAUAGAUUCAGCAGAUCCAGUCAUUGGUGAUGUACUCUACCGGUACGACGAUGACAGGGAGGAGGAUCUGAAACGAGAUGACGAUGGCGUGAACGGAGGCGAUUCUGAAUUCAGAGCAAGCGAUGCUGCAGAGGCAGAGCAGCAGCCGAAUGUAUCGACAGCUGGAAGAAACAGUGCGGGAGAUGAUAGCCAUUUGCAUUGGCUCGAAGGGAGGAGAUGGUGGAAGAGACCUAGCCAAUGGUGGCUGGUCCCCAUGGGUUCUCUUCUAGCUAUUGCAAUCGGAUCCAUCAUGUCCGCUAGGAUUGAGCUUCUCACGCAGGUCAUCUGCGAAGAGAUGUCUGCCAAGCAGAGGCAGAGCGAAGAGCCUUUUUCGGCCAUGCUGCUACGCCUUCCGCAUGAGCGACCUCCGAUGAGCCAGGAGUGCCGCACCCCUGACGUCGUCGCCGGGUCUGCAGAGCUGCAAAUGCGGAUUGCGAUCAUGGUCGGUCUCCUUUCGGCCGCCACGACUGGUUGGUGGGGCGGCUUAUCAGACCGACGGGGCAGAACCAAGGUUCUCGCUUGCGUAUGUGUCAGCUUCCUCGCCUUCGACUUUAGCUAUCUUGCCAUUGGUCUGCUACCCAUCACAUCGCUACCCUUCGGAAGCAACUUCUUGCUGCUACCAGCGGCCCUCAAUGGUGCUCUGGGAGGGCUCUCAACCCUCCUCGCAGCUCACCAGGCCUACAUCUCGGACUGUACGCCUGCUGGUACGAGAGCCAAGGUCUUUGCUCGGUUGGCGGGCUUCUUCUACUUUGGUUUCAUCAUCGGUCCGGCAGUCGGAGGCUGGAUGGUCAAAGCUACAGACAGUCUCGUUGCUCCCUUUCUGCUUGCCACUGCUGGACACGUUCUCUACUUCUUCAUUGCCCUGUUUGUCAUGCCCGAGAGCACGAGCUCAGAGAGGCGCAAGGCGGCAAUGAUGGAGCAUCAAAAGGAGACUUCGCUCUCACAAGAGGAAGUAGACGAACAGGGUCAGGUGAAGGCCAAGAGCAAGAGCCUGCUGCUGCGCUUCAGUGCUCCACUGCAGCCUUUGGUCUUGCUUCUGCCACGCACAGUAGAGCAGGUGGAACGGCUCCAGUCUCGACCUGCUAGUCGAAUGCCCUCGGUCAAUGAUCUGCGAAGGACCACCAUCCCGGAUCCAGCCUCAUCCAUGCUGUCCAUCUCUCAUAUCUCCCGCUCACGCAAGAGAGACUGGAAUCUCUUCUGGUUGAGUCUUUCGUACGCCAUUGAGAUUUCAUGCAUGGGCAUCCUGUCCCUCAAGAGUCUCUAUGCGAUCAAUGUCUUUCAUUGGGGUGCGACUGAGCUUGGAUACUUCUUUACAUUCGUAUCGAUCACUCGAGUACUUUGCCUGACUGUGAUCCUUCCCUUGGUCAUCAAGGUCUGGCAUCGACCACCGCGAGCAGUGUCUCUGCCGCAAGACGCUGGAAACGACGAGCAAGAGCCUCUACUGGACGAUGAAGGUCACUCGCGAAGGCCGUCUUUCGCAGCGUACGGAUCGACUGGCUCAACACAGCGCCACGUCGACUUUACCGAGACGGCAACACCUGAACAGAGUGGUUUUACCCAUAUUGAUCCUCACGAUCCCCAGCACGAGGCUACUCUUGAGGAGCUCUGGACUAUGCGAGCAAAGCAUCUCCGAUUACUACACGACUCUCACUUUGAUCUGAAGCUAGGUCGCGUCUCACUCUUCAUCAACGUGAUAGCCUACGUCCUCCUUUCCCUCUUCCGAGGUCCCACCAUCUUCAUCAUUGCCAGCGCCAUCACUUCCCUCGGAGCAGGAGGUGGCGCCUCGAUGUCUUCCCUCGCCCUCGCGCUGUUGCAGAAGCCCAGCCAGGCAGGAAAGCUCUUUGGAGCAUGGGGAAUCGCCUCGGCCAUUGGCUCCGACGUCGUUGGACCCGUCAUCUUCACUUGGGUCUUCAAGAGGUAUGUGCACACCAAGCCCCACGCAAUCUUUUAUGCAGGAGCAGCCUUCUUCUUUGCUAGCUUCUUGUGCCUGUGCUUCAUACGUCUGCGAAAACCACAGACGCUCACUGCUCUACCUCCCAGGCCUGUCAGCAGGCAUGGUGGCUCGACUCCCGCUGCUUCUGCUGCUUCUGCUUCUGCUCCUGCUGGAGCUGGCGCUGCACAGAAGAAGAGUAGAGUGGCAAGUCGAUCAGGCAGUCGGUCGAGGCAAAGGGACGAGGUGAGCCCAGCUAGACGAUCUACUUUUCUCGAAGAGUAAUAGAUUGGGAAAAUUGCCGUGUGUGUACGCUGCUUCUUCGAACUUGGUCGCCCAAUCCUCUUCUUUUUGCUGCGUCUUUGAUGGAGCUGCCCACCAUUUCUUUUCUCUCUUUUAGGAACUGCCUACCCUGCCUCCCCUUGCUCUUGCUAUUCCCUCAUUCGUGUACCCUAUUUCGCUCUGCAUAAGCCCUAUUUUAUGAAAGCGUUUGCAUUCCUACCUCGAGUACUGUCAAUGUAAGCACUCUCCAUCCAAUUCAUCCCCCCAGCUUGCAGUAUGAGUCAUUGCAUGCACACCUCCUACCUAAGCUCGACACUCACGCGAGGUGAUGACUCACGGGGCAAACGAUGAAUACAAUU